AUGGCAAGUUUCGAAUGCAACAUUUGCUUGGAGCAAGCUGUGGAGCCGGUGGUCACUCGCUGUGGUCACUUGUUCUGUUGGGGAUGUCUUCAUCAGUGGUUGAACUCAACAGCAGCCAGCCAAGCUAGCCGGGCUGGGCAACUGAAUUCCGGCAUGAGCGGCCAAACGGUCGGUUCCGCUUGCCCUAUCUGUAAGGCCUCCGUCACCAUCCAGAAUGUGAUUCCUGUGUACACGCGUGGGAGCCAGACGGAUCCUCGCAACUCGUAUCCCAAUUUGCCUGCACGGCCGCCUGGCGAACGCCCAGAGCCGGAGCCCGCAUCGGUGCUGGCCCUGCAGGCGUUUCAACACGGAGGAACUCCGGAGUCCUACGGUUUUACGGCUGGACAGGGCUUCUAUCCAGUGAUCUUUGGUCUCAACUGGCAGGGGGCAUCUCUGCUUGAAGCACCCUCAUCCUCGAAGCGCUUUUCGUUCUCGAUACUAGGCCUCUCUUUGCUGUACUUCCUGGUCUUGUGGAUACUCUGA